GACAACUUCGAGACAUAUAGCGACCCCUAGUACUAAAGCCCACUGGAUAGAAUUUGUAGGAGUAAUUUCAUUGUAAUUCAGCUAAGUACCUCCGCCCCUGCUUCGCUAUAAUUUUGUUCGUCAGAGUCGAUAAAAAGAUGCCGGACUUGUUUGAUGUCUUCUUUGAGCAGUCUUUUUUGCUGCACCUCCAAAACGAGGAGGACAGCACCUCCAGCAAAAACAUGUUCUCCUCGUCAGGCAACAAUCCGGUGGAUGAGUGCCGCCACUUUUCUUCUCUUGAAGAUCAUUGUCAGCGUCAGCUGUGUGUGGGCAUCCGAAAACCAGCUCAAAUACGUACUUCCAUUCGAAGCUGGUGCCGAAGAAACCAUCAACGACGAGAAGCCAACAGGCCAAGGCCUCGACGACCACCCGAGUGAAGCCUAUGUUUUUGGAAGGGCGAUCGGGGCACCGGUUUUUGGUUUUCUUCAAAAAGAAGGAUCCACGUGGUUGGGCUCGAGGAAUUCGACAGCUAGAAUAACAACAAGGGAUGCUAAGACAUUAAGGCACACCACCUUCCUAUCACUGCUGGAGCAACCAUCAGCCUACGAUCGCAACCAGCUCCCCCUUGGCCAUUUACUCGUUUUUGCUGCAGGAGCAUUGACGCAGAUGAAACCUUUGGGCAGGACGGGGGAGCGCCAAUACGUGCCAUUAGAGGCAGAACCGAUGAUACAGGCAUUGCCCUUGCUGUUUCACAUCGUGGGAGUUCGUGCUCGAUUGUAUCACGCAGAGGCUAUGCGUUUGGUUCAAGAAAGAUGUGCGGUGUUGAGAGAAGCAUUUGGAGAUGGUGAUGGGGGCGAAGAUGGAAAUGACAAAGUUGUACACGUGACAACGAAUAUGGGUGGAUCUGCUAUGACCAACGAGAACAAGAUAUUCGCAUCCUCAAGUACAAGUAGCUUUUUUGACAACUCGAGCGCCACAUCCAUUGCAGGAGCAAGCAAAUGGGCCUAUCCCUGGAGUCCUGUGGAAAACGUGGAGUAUUACAACGCUUCCCGGUGGUCCCACAGAGUCUUUUUACUGCAGAAACUAGAGACUACUGACCAAAUUCUCACGUUUCAAGGAAGGGAUAAAUGUAGACAUGAAGCACCAGAACACCACACCACAACAGAAAUGGAUAACAAACUUAAUAAACUGAAGCAGGAACAACCCUCUCGCUCUCACGACGGUUUACACCAACGUCCCCAAGAAGACUUGGAACUUCUAGAACAGCUCCUAGCAGCGUAUGACGAAAAGCUGAAGAAAAUCCUACUUGCUGGAAAGAAAGGCAUCACAUUCUCUUCUCUUUUCUUCGCACGCAACGAGUUCAGAGCUAGAGUAGGACGUUUGCACGAUGCUUUUCGAGCAGAACGAACCCACAUGCUAGUCCUGCAUCACCUGGUGCCACAAUUACUAGCUAGAAUGUCAGCGUUUGGAAUCCUGUCUGAGACUGAUGAUCUGUUUGGUGGUGAUGUAUUUUCUCAGCAGAACGACAGCAACACAGCUUGUUCGUCUGGGAAGACUGCAGCUGCAGUGGAACUGGAAGACAGAGGUAGUAGCGAUACGAACUUGCAAAAGAUGAUCCGGGCUUUAUUGCGACAUGCAGCAGACAGUGCACGAGCAGCAAGAAGAACUGCGGAACUACGUCCAACAUCCCAAGAACAUACAGCUCAUGACGAACUCCAAGUGACCAAACUACAGCAAGAGUUAACUUUCUUGCUCUCUUUUCUCGCGUCAGAGGACAGCUUGCUUUCUCAACUGCUGCUUCACUCCAAGGACAGUGGGAUUUUGGAUCUGGCUUUUGUGUUUCUCUUUCGCAAAUGGGGGAUUCCAUUACCUGAAGGCGUUGACUUGCAUACUUUUCUGCUAAGCGACAAAUCGUCAACGACAGCAUCAACGACGACAUCUGGCGCAACAUCAAGAUCCAUGUUAGAGAGCUUGGAUUUUGCCAAAGGUAUACCGAAUUUGACUGAAAGAGAGCUGAUUAGCAGGCUUAUGAACCUGAUACAAGCAGAGGAUGUGGAAUUGGGAGAAGCAUGUACUCGACAGAUUCACCUGGCUAAGGAGAGGGAUGGUGCACGAGCAGUAGACCCUCUUGAAAAUGCAGCAGAUGAUGUGACGAGGCGGGUACAAGAAAACACUGUAGUUGAUGAUGUUGCAUCGAGCGGCAACCACCAGAAGAAGAUCAAGAACGACGUCAAUGUCGAGGAAAGAGUGCGAACGCUAGCACGCUGUUGCCUGACACAGACUGACGCUAUCCGAUUGUUGGAAGGUAUUCGGGUGGAAAAGCUAAUCGCUUCGGGAACUGAUGGGCUUUCGUCGACACUUCAAAUGGUCGAGAGAGUACUGCUGCAGGAAAGCACUGGUGCGCCUACCUCUAGCUCUACUUCUGCUUUAAUUAAGGCUCAACUUUCAACGGUCAUUGGGGUUGGUCACUGAGAUCGAAGAGGCGACCUCCCCUUGAGAGUAGAACAGGGGGAAAUGAAGGGAAAACAAAGGGAGAGGCGUGGGGCCCUUUUCUUUCAGAAUCAGUGGCCGCUGACUGCUGACCUUUAAUUUAAAACUGCCGAACCCUCCCGACAAAGACAAGGAGGUUCUCACUCCCCCAGAAUUCGGCCUACCUGGAUCGUACACCCGUGAAAGGUACGCAUCUGUGGCUUUACGAGAUCCCUUCUUUGCUGGGAAGAUGCGUCGAGAUCGACUUGUGGUUUUUCGAAGAUUCGAUGAGUACCCCCAGAGCGUGCAUGAUAGCUUGUUGUAUUUGUUGGGAAAGGGAGUUUACUCGGGUACUGCAACGAACACGUCGAAGUCGUCUGAAGCUGAAACAAGAGAUAAUGGCGAGUACGUGGUGGAUUGCUUUGUUGAUGACUCACGACAUGGGACCUACAACAAGGAUACAGACGAGAGGACGCAGUCUAGGCUUUGUCAAAUGCUGCUGGAGAGCAAAGAAAAAGGCCACUCAGGAGUGACACUGCUAGGCGUUGAAGACAGUAGACCUGCUAUUCCUAAUAUUCGAGCCAACACGGAGCACAUAUCGAAGAAGUCUCUCCUCCAGCAACAAAGACGAUAUUCAUUCCUCGUGAAUUUCAAGAAACUUCUAGAACUUCUUGUUCCCCCUCUACAGGUAGUCGACCUCCUUCUAGAACAACACCUUGCCUUAUACGGGACAUCCGCUGUCACCUUGGUUCGCACUUUCCCAUCUUCAUGGACUAGGGAUUACACUAUGCUAGCCGGGGCAACUAGUGAUGCAAGACAAGUGGAGAACAAUCUGCGGUACCCGUUUGUCCAAAAAGCCUUCGGGACGGUGACUCGAGUACUGCUGUCUCUAGCUAGGAAUAGAUUGUGGAGUAGAACGAGAACGAGAACUAGAAUGUACAAAGACAAGGGAGAACAAGAAGGGUCUCGAUCGACGUCACGACGAGCAGUAGAACCUGCUACACGAGUACAUUUUAGUGCUACAGCUACAGAACCUACUUUUGAGGAUAUGGUACAUCCAGCAGCAGGCGAACGACGUUGGUUGUGCGGUGUAAAAGAGCUUGCGUGGAAUCCAUUCGAGAUGAAAUGCGUUCCGCAUCAUCCUCUAGUGGUGGACUACAUUCUUAGAAGCCAAGAACAUGAAACUGCGAGGACUAGUAUUGGAAAUAAUACAGAUGAACAAGAGCAAGUAGACAGCAAUAGAGUAGAAGUGGCACCCGAUGGAAAGACCGAAAGUGCCGAGCCUACUGUACUAGGACAACGGAGAGAAAAGCCCUAUUUCCAUCAUCCGAUGGGAACCAAAGUUUAUACACAAACGGAAUGUGGGAAAAGUGAGCUAGACCAACCCGGACGGUCAUGGAAUUGUGGUUCAUUGAUGUCUUUGACCACACGAGAUGGUGCACAACGAAAACAAGUGGAAGCAACUUCAACUAAGCUCCAUUCAGAGCUUUUGAUCGAAGAGGAAUAUUUCCAACUAGUUGCCUUGCUCAGUGCUAUUGACGAAAGGCGUGGUCGUAGAGAAAAUGCCAAUGGUAGAGGUGUAGCAGGCGUUUUUCGUUUUGCUGAAUGGGGAGCCCAUUUCGGCCCUUGGGGAACAGCGGCUGCAACAAUUUGGGCAAGGAAUGGAACAACAAGACCGCUUUCAAAAGGAGCGGUUGAACAAGAUGUCUCUACGAAGACCAAGAUGAGUCUUUCGACGUGCAGCAUCCUCUUCGUACAACCUGGUGAUCUGCGUGAAUUACGAGAGAAUGUCGCUCUGAACAGGUUGCGAGACGAGAAGUGCAAAACUGUACGUCUUGAAGAUCGAUUUAUUGGAGAUUCCCGAUUUUUGGACCAUUUUGGAGAACGCUUUUUCGCCAAUGGAACCGACGCACUUCCUGAAGGUCGAUUCGCGGAUACGAGGAAAGACGAGGAGGAGGAGGAGGAGGAUUAUGUUAUGACUCGGUUUUACAGUAAAACUUUUACUGUUGUGACGAUGUACGUUUGGAAGUAAAGGUAAACAUUAUAGCAUACAACUUUAUUUUUAGCGGUUUCAAAUUCAAUGCAGUUAUAUUUCUUGAAGAACUUCCCUACGUUUCUUAAAACCACAGCCCUUCCUUCAACAUUUUCUAAUCGGCUCGACCUCGUGGACAUCGACAUCCAGGGAGCCGAGUAUUACUCUCUUGUCGCCAUUUGGCUUCCGAUUUUCAAGAAGUCAGUGCGCCGCAUCCAUGUCGGGACUCAUAGUGUCAGUCUUCAUGGGAAGUUGCGUCGAUUAUUUCGGGAAAGCGGGUUUGAGGUGGAGCAAGAUUUUCUACCCGAAAGCUUAGAUCGAUAUCCUAGAUGGGGUGGCCGCAUAGCAUUUCGAGAUGGAGUGCUCACAGUCAGAAAUCCUCAGAUUUUUCAAAUCUAAGAUGCUCACCUUCGACUUCAAG